AUGGCUACACCAACACCUGGUCAACCCUUCCAGGGCAAUACCUAUGGAGGCCAGGCACCACCACAAGCUGGGCCUACUGGGCAGCCACAGGGUGGUUUCCCAGAGCGUGGGACUCAUAGUGCUCAAGGUCAAUACCAGACACCCACACAGUUCGAAAAGUACUGUGUUAUCCACAUUGCAACCACGUGUGAUGAGCAUGGAGUUUACGUCACGAAGGACAGUGCCGAAGUGAUCGAGAUUGGCUGGACGAUCCUUGAUGCUCGGGAUCAAGGUUUGCCAGAGCUCCACCAUCAGUCCGUGCUUGUCAAGCCUGUCAACACCCCCAUCACGCCACUAUGCACCUCUUUGACUACAUUGACAUGGGAGCACGUCCGCAAUGCCGGAACAUUCCGCGACGCCAUCAUGGCUUUCGACGCAUACGCCAAAGACCACCUCGUGGCCAAAGACGCUGGACCUGGUGACCCACCAACUUUCGCCUUCGUCACAUUGACACCAUGGGACCUGCGCGUUCAGCUGCCACGAGAGGCACGUGAUAAGAAUGUUGUACUGCCUGCCUAUUUGCAGCACCCAGUCCUUUUCGGCCUUCGUGGAGAGUAUCAGACUUUCCAGUCGCACCACCCUGAGACCCUUGCUUUCAGCUCAUCUGGCCUGUCCUCCAUCUGUGCUGGUCUCGAAGUUGAGGAGGUCCGUUCAUCUGGCAAGGUCACUGGUGGCCUUCCAUUCCACCUCCAGGCACUUGCACCAUCCUCACCACGCCGUGCGCUCGAGGAGGCUCUCACCUUGACGCGCUGCUUGCGGUCUCUGUCACAGAAGUCUCGUCCUUCCCAGGCAAACCCAAGCGGCACUCCCGGUGUACUCACGCGUCCUCUUGAUGCUCGUAGUGAUGUUCGCGCCUUCCUCGGUGAACGAUCCAAGGUCAUCCACCUCAGCGGUCUACCUCACGACACCACCCAGAGCGAGCUCGAAAGCUGGUUCACACAGUAUGGCGGACGACCUAUUGCUUUCUGGACUCUACGCACGCCCGAAGGUGGCAAGCCUAGCGGUAGCGGCUUCGUCGUCUUCGGCUCCCACGAAGAGGUCAGUACUGCGCCCCAAAAACAGUCUAUCAUCGCACCUUCCUUGCCAUCAUGCUCGCUGCUCCUUCUUCUUUUGUAA